UAUACAGCUUGACUAUUCUGUGGAUCCUCCAUUCGGGAAUUGUCCAUUGAUGCCCAGAUAAGUAUCACUGGACAGUGACGGAUUCGGUGGACAUGAAGAGUCCCCUGCCAGUAGAUGUCCCACUGUUUUUUUCAACAAUUGAGGAUCAGCGCGCUCGAUAUUAAGAUUACAAGUCAUGAAUUGUCCACAACUUCAUAUGUGGCUGUGUGACGGUAACCCCAUAAAUACGGACCUCAGGCCUUAGUACUCAGUCUCAUCGAUUCCUCACGUUGAAUACCACUGCAAGCCCCACAAAACUUAGCAGAAGUUAUCCUUGCUUCUUUGUCAAGACCAUGUCUUCUCUCCUCUCGAAGUCGUUUGAUGCCGGGGAUUCCAUCAGACGACGACCCUUCAAGCUUGUCCGUCCCAAAAGGCAGUCUCAUCUUCAGUUCUACGGAUAUGCAGUCUCUCGUGAAUGGCUUAUCCAGUUUGCGGAACAAAACUGGCCAGCAGAUGAGUUGCCCGAUCGCAAUGCCAAAGACUAUGAGGACAUUGCCGCGACGCGAGCAUACAAACUCAUUGCGGAUUUGUCGUCCAUCUGCAGUUUAGGACGCAAAACUUGUUUCAAUCCCAAGGGUGGCUCGGUGCCUCCUUACUGGAUCGCUGUAUAUGAUGGUGAUUACGACGAUGAACUCGAUGACGAAGAACUCAUGAACAUUCAAAUUGACACCGUUGUCGUCCUCUCUGUGUGCUCGGACGAAGAAGACUCCUUUGAAGAGCGUCCGACGCAGGGACAGAUGGAUUUCAUGACAAAGUUGAUUGGGCAUGGACCACAGUGGUGGAUGGGUUGUAGGAGUACAUAUUGAGCUCAAGUGCCAAUGGAUUGAACAUGGAACGAGCUGUGUCG